AAAAUUUAUAUGAAAAAUUAAUAAUUCUAUUCAAUUGCUUCUAAUUGUAAAAAGUAUAAAGUGUAAUAUAAUAAUCAAAUGGAUGCUGAUAACAUUGAUGCACCGCGUGCAACUCGUGCACGCACUCGCCGCUUAUCUGCGCUGGAAACGGAUAGCAAUCGCCCAUUGACGCCGCAACUAGAUGUGGCUCCGGAUCGUGUAGCAUCGCCGCGCUUGACGCGCAGAACACGCUUAAACUCUGCUACCAUAGACGUAAAGACACCAACACGUGCAACACGGUCCGCGACUGUAGAGCCUGGCACCCCCACACUAAGCGUGUCAGCCAAAAAACGUGUCACACGCACACCCGCCAAAUCGGCGCCGAAACAGCUUCCCUUGCAAGAGGAGGAAGCAGAACAGCCAGCAGAGACCGAAGAAAAAAAAAAUGUUCAGGUUGUGGCACAACCAGAGCCUGUGUCCAAGAUGGAAGCAGUCAAGGAGCAAGAUGAAGUCGAGCAGGAUAGAUCGCCAUUUACUAGCCCCAGUUUGCUUCAACGCAAUGUUACACCCACAGACGACAUGCGUAUAACGCGCUCCAUGUCAAAGACACCACCGGUUGUUGGGCGUUCAUCCAACAACACGCCACCAUCCGCAAGACGUCCGUUGCAUAACUCGCCAACUCCCAUUAAAAAAUCGAUAAACAGUGGCUCACAGUCGCAGUUGCAACUAGAGAAAACUGCUGUUACACCAGAAAAACAAAUGUCCGCUGAAGCUGAAGAUACUCAAAUUACAGCAGAAUCAACUUUAGCUGAGCAAGAGGCAACACAAGCUACAGCUGGCAAACCUAACAAAGAAAAUGAUUUGCAGAAAAACAAUACGAUUACCUCUCAAAAAUUAAAAGUUAAAGUUAAAGAUAUUUCGCAGCAGCUUAAAGAAUCACCAAAAAAACUGGAAACAUCGUCUUCUAAUAUUGACAUGGAAGCCGAGCAGCCCGCUCUUGCCAAAGUUCACACGAUUUCCGAGCCCGAAACCGAAACUGAAGCUAAAUGUGAGCCUAUGCCAACUAAUGAUGUAAAUACAUCGCAAGCCGAAGAGGAGAUGCUGGGAACUUUAGAAUUUGAUGCGUCUUCGGUAGAAAAUGCUGUUGUUACUGAGAGUAUAAUAUUGCCCACCUUGACGCCUGGCAUCAAGUCUCGUGUGAUAGAUACCCAGCUGGAGGACAUAUACACGGUUCGCUUUGACAAUGAUGAAGUUGACGAUAUUGCCACAAAACAAAAAUAUCCCAAAACUCCCGGGCGCAUAUAUGGCGUUAAUAAAGGUGAUGUGGAGUCACCGCUGAAGCUGGUGCUAUUGGAGGGACGCAAGAGCUCAACACCUUUGGCUAAAGCAGAAACAAGUUCUUGCAAAGCGCCACUGCAACUUGAUGCAAUACAACCACUGUCCACUUUGGCAAACAAAGAAACUGAUGUUGUGAGGCCAAUAAAGAAGAAGCUUGAGCAAAGGCUAAUCAGUAGUGAUGAAGAUGAAGAGGAAGAUGAGCAUGUGGAUAAAUCUAUGCUAGAGUUUGUUGAUAAUGAGGUAGAGGUUGUUGAUAAUUACCAGUCUGGAGAAUCCAUGGACAGUUCAGAGCGUCGAGAAUUGGAGGAUAAUGAAGUACCUUGCGAUGGCGAAUCUGUGGGCAGCCAGGAUACACCCGAUGAGCAUGGCGACGAGAGCGACGAUGAGAACUUGUCUUUUAUUGUAUCUGAUGAGGAGGUCUCGGAUGAUAAUAAUGAAUCUGCAUGCUUUUCAGCAGAUUCACUGGUUGAAACGGACACCAAGGGCAAAAAGAAACGUCGUCGUCUAAUAGUGCAUGAUACAAGUGAUGAAGAGCAAGAAGAACAUCCAACAACUGCAAAAGAAGAAGAUAAUAAAACAAUUAACAAAAGUACACAUGAGAGUAGCCCAAAGAAAACUGCAGAAAAGCAUGAUAUAGAAAAUGUUAAAGGCACCUUGAAUCAAUCCGCUUGUGAAAGUGAAAAUGAGAAUGAACUAAACAAGUCAGACUUGAACAAAACAGUUGCUAUUUCCAGUGAGAGCGAUGAAUCCUUUGAAUCGGCAGCAGUGGAUACCGAAGAGGUUCUAUCUAGUGCUGAUGAGUAUGACAAAAAGAAGAGGAGCAAAUCUGUAUAUGAAAUAUUUGACUCGUUUGAAGAAGCUAAUGAGGAGAAUAAAACCGAAGCGGAAACCGAAACGACUGUAGCCACAACUGAAAAUCAAGACAUCACAAUGAGUGGGUUGGACACUGAGCAAGCUAAACACAUUCCAUUAGCUGAGAAAUCAAUUCAAGCGAUUGAGCCAAACGCUGAUGAGUCUGAGCUGCAAAAAAUGCCAACAAGUAAAUCUUCAGUAUUCCAUGGCAAGCAACAACGUGAAGAUGAGCAAGCGAUGUUGGCUGAUUUGUCGCAUAUGCAGCAAAUGUUUAAUCCUUUGCAAAAAACACGACGUCAAACAUUAUUUGGCCAAGGAUUGGCUAUGGCAGAGCCAAAGUUAAAGCGGCGAAGUGAGCAGCUAAGCAACGAUUUUAAGCCAUCGCAAUCUUUUAAUGAAAUGAUAGAAGAGCGCAAACAACAAUUGCCUAAGCGUCAGCGUAUGUCUAAGAGUUUCUGCGUCGCUGCUGUUGAAGACCUGGUAGAAGAAGAAGGAGAAGUGUCUGCUAAGAAGGCAAGAAAAUCUCCAACUUCACCACAAACUGAUGUUGGUCGAAAUGAAGUAGGUAAGCACACUGACGCUGUUCUACAAGUAGAGUCGGAGACUGGGGAUUUCAACCAGAAAACAGAGUCUAUAGUCACAACAGCUGCCGCAGAGGAAAUAGAAACUAUCAAGCUGCAACAGGCCGCGGAAAAAACAAAAAAUCGCGAUUACUACAUGGAAUAUUGCGAUACUAUUCUACAAGCAGCAAACCAAGCAAAGCUGGAGCAAAAGAAGCAGCGUGCAGCCGCAGGAAAAAAAACAAAGACGCAAUUGCGUGUUGUAGCAACGCCCGCUAGUCCUGUGCCAGUGGCCAUAGUUGCACCCAACCAAGAGUCUGACAAGCAGCCCAAGCUUAAGAAAGAUCUAAAACGUUUGCAGGCAACCAAACAGGCUGUUAAGCAUGCAAUGCAGCUGCUAGUGCCCGACUUAACAAAACGUGAACCUCAGUCGAUCGCGCGUAAAAUAUCGCCACAACCACCAGAGGUUAUUAAGCAAAACAGCAAGGUCAAGCGACAGGUGAAAAAACAUCAAAAAACUAAGAUAGCGGCUACAUCGCCAAUAAAGAGUUCAGAUGAGGAGAAUAAACGCACAGUUCAACGUGUUAAAACUAGUGCGGGCUAUGCACUGGUCACCAAGAUUGCCCCCAAAAAGAAGAAAAAUAUUGAAACGUUUAAAACUAAAUCCGGUAUUGUGCAGGUCGAACCUUGCACGCCAAAACAGAAAUACUUUAAAGAGGUUCCCUCAACACCUAAGAAUCGUUGGGGUUUUCAGGAGUAUCCUGGCAGUCCAGUAACUCGACAUGAUACUAAUUCCGCGACAGAGUCAGCACUGCAAUUCAAAAGGCAGAUAUUUGGUAGAAAAUAUAAAUAGAUAUGUAUUCCUAAGCAUCACACAGAAAGACAGUCUUGAGAACGAUGAUUGUCUCUAUUUUUUACACAUACAAUUCAAAAGUUUUUUUUUGUUAAAUGUUUUUCAUCAGAUGUAA